AUGCUGCUUAUUGUUUUUGUCUUCCUGAAAGGAGAAACAUACACAGAGACAGACGCUUCAUUCACAGGCAAAAUGUCGCUCAGAUCAGAAGAGGAUUUCUUAUGUCCUGUCUGCCAUGAAGUCUUCAAAGACCCUGUUGUUCUGUCAUGCAGCCACAGCUUCUGCAAAGACUGUCUCCAAAAAUGGUGGAGGGGGAAGAAAACAUACGAUUGUCCGUGCUGCAAGAGAAGAUCCUCAAAGAGUGAUCCCCCUCGUAAUUUGGCAUUAAAGAACCUGUGCGAGGCCUUUGUAGCGGAGAGAAGCGAGAGAGGCGAGAGAGUUUCAGAAGGGUCUGAGUCACUCUGCAGUCUGCACUCUGAGAAACUCAAAAUCUUCUGUCUGGACCACCAGCAGCCAAUAUGUGUGAUCUGUCGAGACUCGAAAAUGCAUAGCAACCACAGAUUCAGACCCAUCGAUGAGGCUGCACAGGAUCUCAAAGAGGAGCUCCAGAAAUCCCUGAAGCCCUUAAAGGAGAAACUGCAGGUCUUUGAAGAUGUUAAAGGAAGCUAUGAUCAAAUAGUGAAACACAUCAAAGUCCAAGCUCAAAGCACAGAGAGGGAGAUUAAGGAGCAGUUUAAGAAUCUUCACCAGUUUUUGCACGAUGAAGAGAAGGUGAGGAUUGCUAACCUGAAGGAGGAUGAGGUGCAGAAGACCAAGAUAAUGAAGGAGAAGAUUGAGAGUCUGAGCAGAGAAACAGCAGCUCUUUCAAGCACAAUCAGAGCCACAGAGAGGGAGCUCAAAGCUAAAGACAUCUCAUUCCUGCAAAACUACAAGGCUGCAGUUAAAAAAGCCCAGCAGCGCCCCCUGCUGCAAAAUCCAGAGCUGGCUUCAGGAGUGCUCAUAGAUGUGGUCAAACACCUGGGCAACCUGACCUUCAACGUCUGGAACAAAAUGAAAGAGAAGGUCUUCUACAGUCCUGUGAUUCUUGAUCCAAACACUGCCGACCCAGAACUUGUUGUAUUUGAUAAUCUGAGCAGCGUGAAAUCAGGAGAGCGGAAACAGCUUCCCAAAAACCCAGAGAGAACCAAGUUCUCCUGCUCUGUUCUCGGCUCUAAAGGCUUCAACUCAGGGACACAUGAGUGGGAUGUUGAUGUUGGAAACAACAAGGACUGGGAACUGGGCAUGUUGAGCGAGUACUCCCAGGCCAGCGGACGCCUUCAGUCAGGACUGUGGAGAAUUUUGUUCUCUAAUGGUAAAUUCUCAGCAUUUUCAUCACCAGACACUGAGAAGGAUCUACCAGUGAAGAAGGAAGUGCAGAGGAUCAGAGUCCAUCUGGACUUUGACAGAGGAAAGUUGUCGUUCUCUGAUCUUGACACUAAUGCCCACAUGCACACCUUCACACACAGCUUCUCUGACACCCUGUUUCCUUACAUUUACACUGAGAAUCCUCAGCCACUGAAGGUUUUACCAGUGAAGGUCACUGUGACAGUGGAAAAGAACACUUAGGGUGAUCCAUAUCAUGAUAAUGUUGGGAAAUUUGACAAAACUGUGAGACAAAAUGUGUUAACUGUUUAGGAACGUAGAGCAACUUUAAUAUUAACGGCGCAAAUAUUAUACAAAUGUACAAGCUGGUGAAUAUAAAAGACUGCUGCAAUGGUGAUGUGACGAAGUACUCUCAUAUACUUAUUGGUUUUAUUUGUACCUCAAUAUACAUAAAAUCAAAAGCUAUUAGAUAUUCUACAAUGGAACAUUUAGGUCAGGAUUUAUGGUUGUUUUGUAGAAAUAUGGUCUAAUUUAGCUUAUCUAAGUUCAUUUCUAUUUCGCCUAAGUUGGCCUGUUAUAGUUCGUUGUUCAUUAGAUUCCCCAUUUGUCUUCACCCCUGUGUCUCAUGUUUACGUCUCUCAGUGUUUCCUGUUUUAUUUUGAAGAGUCAGCGGUCUCCAUGUUCAGUGUGUUUUGUUUUACGUCCCCUGUGGUGUCAUUAUGUUUCUUUGUGUCAGCUGUUUCCCCACGUCUCCACUUCCCUCAUUAGCCUCCUGUGUGCCUUCAUUCAGUCUUUGUCAGGUUGUCUGUGUUACUUUCACGAUGUCAUGUCACGCCAAGGUAUUUCAUGAUUCAGCUCAGGUCAUGCUCACGUUCCAUGUUCCUAUUUUUUCCUCGCUUUUUGCAUGCUCCUGCCUUGAAUCAUGUUCAUGUCUUCCGUUGCAGUUGUCGUAGUUUAGUUUCUUCCAGUUUAGGUUGUAGUUUAGUUUUCGUUCCUGUUCACUUUACCGCAGGCUUGGCCAACUCCAGGCCUCGAGGGCCGGUGUCCCUCAGGUUUUAGAUGUCAUCCUGGGCCAACACACCUGUAUCAAAUGAUUAGUUCAUUACCAGGCCUCUGGAGAACUUCAAGACAUGUUGAGGAGGUCAUUUAGCCAUUUAAAUCAGCUGUCUUGGAUCAAGGACACAUCUAAAACCUGCAGGACACCGGCCCUUAAGGCCUGGGUUUGGACACCACUACUUUCUCGUGUUUUUUGUACUCAUGUUAUGAGCCAGAACAAAGGGCUCGCUUUUUUAUUAUUCAAGUUACCGUUUUACGCUCCGUUUUUUGGUCUGCAUUUGGGUCCAGUAUUCACUCUACACACAGUCACCUCCCGCUGCCAUGGGGUAUUUUUCUCGCUACUUCAUGAACAAGAAUGUCUAAGAUGCUUGAGUAUAUGAAACACAGUCCUCAAAAUAAUGUUUCACAAUGCUCGUGACUUCACUUUGGCUUUGGGAAAGAAACUUAAAAUGUGAAGGGAAAACCCCGAGUUACAGGGUUACACUGUGCUUUUAUUUAUAAAUUCACAAUGUUUUUAAAUGUUGGUGUUUAAAUCCACAACCUUGCUGUCACUUCACAGCAAGGUUUAUAUAGUUAUUUAACACUGUUACUCAGACUUUGAGUAAUUAAGAGAUUUAUUAAACUUAAAACUGAAGAAAAAGUAAAGGAAUGACACAAAAUGAGAGAAUUAUUGCAAAAAAGAACGUGUUGCGUAAUUCUGAAGAUAAUAUCCUCAUAAAUCUUACCUAACAUAAUUUCUGUCAAAUAAUUUCUGCUGUGAUUUAAUGAUGUGUUGAGAUCCACGUGUUACUUAACAGAUUUCUGUAGCAUGCACUUUGCUUUGUUCCAGUUCUUUGUCUUUUUGCUUUUUCUGAUUGUAGGAAGAAUAAAAAUCACGCUGAAAGAACUUUUUUGUUUCUGGUGUAUCCUUGUAACCAACUUUAACUUAUUAAUGUAGACUGAACA